UUCCUUCCUGCGUGCAUUAAAUAAAAUAAAACAAGCGGAAAACUGGGAAAUAAAUUAUGGCCACAAAAACAGAGUCAACAAAGAAACUGAAAGCCUGAAACUAUUCAACCAAAACACAGAGUACGUUUCCUGCUAAGACAAAGAUUUCAACGGCAAUGGCCACACACUAUUACAGUUGUUGUUCAAUUCCAGCGAAACCUACCUCCCAAACAAGCUCUAACAACUCCAUAUGGUUGCCUAAUCAUCUUGUCUCAAUCCCUAGACAUCGUAAUAACCUCGUACCAUAUUUGUCUUCAGCUUUUAGUCUUGGAGAUUCAAUUUCAGCGGCUGCUACUUCAGUUGGAGUAGAUGGACCCACCACCUCCACCAAUCCUUCCAGGUCUUUGCCGUUUAGAGUGGGUCAUGGGUUCGACCUUCAUCGUUUGGAGCCUGGCUACCCUUUGAUCAUUGGUGGGAUUGAUAUUCCUCAUGAUAGAGGCUGUGAGGCUCAUUCUGAUGGAGAUGUGCUACUCCAUUGUGUUGUGGAUGCAAUACUGGGAGCUUUAGGCCUUCCUGAUAUAGGGCAGAUAUUUCCAGAUUCUGACUCCAAGUGGAAAGGGGCUGCUUCUUCUGUUUUCAUCAAAGAAGCUGUGAAUAUUUCUUUGAUUUGGGUGAGACUCAUGCAUGAGGCAGGUUAUGAGAUUGGAAACUUAGAUGCCACCUUAAUUCUUCAAAGACCAAAAUUGGGCCCACACAAGGAGGCAAUCAAGUCCAACUUGUCUCAGCUGCUAGGAGCCGACCCUGCCGUUGUCAGUCUGAAGGCUAAGACUCGUAAAAAAGUCGACAGCCUAGGUGAAAACCGAAGUAUUGCAGCACAUACUGUGGUCCUACUGAUGAGGAAGUAAAUAGUAAGUCUCGGAUAACAGUGUCAAGUAUGGCAACUGUAUAUACGGCGAGUAUCACUAUAUAUGGUAUUGCUAAUUGUGACAGCUUAAUGUAUUUGGUUGGACCAGAUUGUUAAAUCCUCAACAUUUAACUUGAAACGAGGAUGGUGAGUUUGGAAAUAGAAUACAUUACCAUAGUCAAAGUUAUGUUGUAAUGUUCACUUUCUGCCAUCUUAAGCAUUAUUAAAGUGCACAUGGCAGCCUAAAAUUCAACUUCAAGGAAUUCACCCGAUCUUUGUUUGAAUUGGAAUGAUUCGCAAGAAUCAGAUUCAUGUAAUACAUGGGUUUCACAUUUUUGAUAAUUGAAUACCAUCUUUUCAAA